AUGGUCCCGCCAACACCCACCACUGCUUCCCAGCGCGGCGCGAAUGUCUCCUUGGCCCAGCAACGCACUGUCUCGAUGGAUUCGACCUUGUCCUCGCUCUCGUCGUCGACCGCUCCACAGCCCAUCGUCCGCUCGCAAUCAAACAUCUCGCUCGAACCAACCGAUAUACCUACCUUGAUCGCAGCUGCUGGUUCCCCCGAGGCCGCCAUCGCGAAACUGCUACAAGAGAAACAUUCCGCUUCGACACACACUACCCAACUGUGGAGGCUUGUGGAAAAGCAGAGGGCCAUGAUCCUUGGCCUUAACAAGGACUUGGAGCGUACACUCAAAGAGAAGGAGAAGUAUCGCAAAAGACUCAAGGACUUGGUCGGCGAGCAGUCGUCCCGCCCACCUACCAUGAGAGAAAGUAUGGGUUCUGCCAGCCUUGACAGCCAGUCGCCCAAUUUGCCCGCCUCUAGUCCACCGUUGCCUGCGAGUGCAUCUCUGGACAGUCUGCCCGCAGGUUUGCAACGCUCCACCCGAGUCCAGCCAUCCGUCUCAGCCUCUUCUUUGCCUGGUCUUCCAACGUGUUCCGCUGCAAAUGGUCCUAAAACUCCCAACAUAUCCGAUAUCCCUCAAGUAGUAUCGCCCAAGUCUUUUUCGAGCCCGAAUCAAAGACUACGCAAGGAGAAGCCCGCCCCACUGGACCUAUCGAGCGCCCCGACUAUGCUCUGCGAAGCCUCAGAUUCAGAUGAAACCCCUCCGCUUUCGAGAGGAAGGAAGAAGACAAGAGCAGAUGAUGAUAGGCUGAGAGAAGCGUUGGCCAGUCAGAGCGAGCACAAAGAGACAGUCCAGAAUGGUAGCAGAAGUGCUCCUCCUCCAACUGCCGACCGACGUAUCCCUGCCCCUGCCGACUUGGACGCUGAUCCAGGUCUGCUCACCGAUGCUCCUGCCCAACCCAAGCGUCAUCCUGUCUCGUUGACCGUGUUGAGUCCUGGGCUACCUAUGAGCCCUCGUCCGAGCGACAGACCCAUGAAUUCACCUAUGCCCAGAGCUUUUAAGCAAUCGCUGACCUCAAUACCAACUUCGCCUAGAGUGGGAGGACAGACGCCCCUGUCUCCACGCGCUCCUCGCCAACCAAUUCCAAUGCCACCUCAAACUCCUCUCUCAUUCGCUUCGCCUCAUCUGGCUCGUGCCGAGACCUACCAGGCUCUUGCAGCAAGCUCCAUGUCUGAUAGACUCGCUGUGCCCUCGCAGUCCAACACGCCAGAGUCCGAACAACCAUCAAAUGUACCCGCACCGAGAUCUCCUGGUGAAGUCUACCGCGGUUUCGUAUCGGAGCAAUAUCCUGGCCUCCUCCUGCCUCCAAACGCUCUUCCCUCGAUAUAUGUAAAAGUCGACUCAUCGCGUCUGCGACCUUCCAGGCAGAGCUACAUGGCACCCAGGCCAUCUGAGGAGAACCCUGUCAUUACACUUGCUGUCUUUGCUAGAUCUGAUAGAAGUCAGUUAUGGCGUGUGGAGAAGUCGUUGACCGCCAUGUCAGUCUUUGAUCAACAAAUCAAGGUCGCAUCAAAUUUCAGAACAAAGCUUCCGGAUCGUUCUUUGUUCACCGGACACGCACCUGCUCGGAUGGACGCUCGCAGAAAUGCUCUCGGCGUUUACUUUGACAGCAUGCUCGACACUCCUAUGGACGACCAAGCUGCCCUGAUUAUUUGUGGCUUCCUGACUGCUGAUGCGAUUGGGCCCGAUAUGCCUGAAUACUUCUCUCAAGAAGCGACCAACCCGGUCAAAAUCCCUGUAGUUCAAGGUGCAGGUGUUCGCAAAGAUGGCUACUUGACAAAACGUGGAAAGAACUUUGGUGGUUGGAAAGCCAGGUAUUUCGUCCUGGACGGACCGGUACUCAAGUACUUCGAAGCUCCUGGUGGUGCAAUCUUAGGCUCAAUCAAGCUGUCAAAUGCGCAAAUCGGCAAACAAGCACAGCAUGCGACGCGACACGACGACGAUGACAACGAUACCGAUUAUCGUCACGCUUUCCUAAUCCUGGAGCCCAAACGUAAGGAUUCCACGAACCACGUGCGCCAUGUACUUUGCGCCGAAAGUGACGAAGAACGCGAUGCCUGGGUUGAGGCCCUGCUGCAUUAUGUUGACCAAGUCGCUUCUCCCACAAUUUCGAGAAAGCAAGAUUCGAUGAAUGCGACACGUAGUCCGCGUCUCCAGAAGUCGAUGAACGACCUCUCUUCAGCAAGCUCGAGACAGUCUGAUAGCUCUUCUAUGCUUCGUAGCAUUCCUUACCAAGCCACAGUGCCUGCCGAAGCGCCUGUCAUCGGACCUAAUCGCGACCUUGCCACGCCGUCACCAGUCAACUCUCCGGCCAUUGGCGACAGCGAUUACCACCCGCAGAUCUCUGGUCCGACGAACGGUGCGGUGAUCCAAAAUGCAGAGUCGUGGGGUAACAAAAAGGACAUCAUCACCCAGACCAAAGACAAGAAGCGAAGCAUCUUUGGCUUCCGAGGCCGCUCGUCAUCCGACACAGUUCCUGGCAGUGUGCCCAAGGAUCUGAUCCAGAGCGAGUCACCCGUUCUUAUUCGGCCAGUCUUUGGCGCUCCCUUGGCUGAAGCCAUCGAGAUAGCGCCACCAUCAGAUGUUCCUGUGCACCUCCCUGCCGUGGUGUAUCGUUGUAUUGAAUACCUCAGAGCGAAAAACGCUUCGUCUGAAGAAGGGAUAUUCCGUCUUUCUGGCUCGAACAUUGUCAUCAAGGCAUUAAAGGAGCGAUUUAAUACCGAGGGUGAUGUCAAACUUCUCGAGGGCCAAUAUUACGACAUUCACGCUGUCGCAAGUCUGCUGAAGCUGUAUCUUCGAGAACUGCCGGCCAGUAUCCUCACAAGGGAGCAUCAUCUUGAGUUCCUCAAAGGCUUGGAUGUUGAUGAGAAGAUCAAGGUCGAAGUAUUCAACGUUCUUGUGAACAAGCUGCCACGAGCAAAUCGAGAGCUACUGGACAUUCUCAGCACGUUCUUGCGCGAGAUCGUGGAUAGAGAGGGCAUCAACAAAAUGAGCGUCCGCAAUGUUGGCAUUGUGUUUGCACCCACACUUAAUAUACCGGCUCCUCUCAUCUCACUGUUUGUAAUGGAGAAUGACCGAGUCUUUGGUACCCCGAUCGACAUCACGACACCAGUAUCGCCUUACCCUGCAGCAGACACACCACUCUCUGGGGUGACGCCCGAAAGUGUCAGAUCACCUCGACACAAGCCGAGCAGUGAUUUUUCGAUACCCAACUAUAAUCAGCCCGGCUAUAACCAGUUAGGCUUCUUCCAACAAUCUGCACCUUCCAGUCGCGAAGGCUUUGAUAGUGGGAUCUAUUCGUCCAACAAGGAAAACGGGCCAACAUCAUACCACGACCGAUUCUCAGCAUCAAACGGGAGUCGCACAACACAGCUGAGUAAUUCUAUGAGCAAGCAGGCCAAGCGAGAUUCAAAUGCUUUGUAUAUGAACCUCGGACCCAUGAGCCUCAAAGAGGCUCCUCUCAGUCGUCUACGGGAGGCUGAAAAUAAUACGUGA